AUGGAGAGUGAUUCGCAUGAACUUGAGCCUAUAGAAGAAGAGUAUGAGAACGAGGAUUCCCUUGAAAUUAGUAAUAGUGCUACUGUUGAUGCAACCAUUGAGUUGGUUCAAGAUACUGCUAUUAAUGAGGAUCCAAAUGAAAAGAAUGUAUAUAAGAGAAAGCCUAGGAGGAAGACUUCUACUGUGUGGAAUCAUUUUGAGCAAGUUGAGGUCUGUGGUGUAAAAAAAAAUCAAUGUAAAUGGUGUAAGAGUAAAUUUACCAUAUCAAAAUCAAGUUGUACAUCUACUUUAGGUAGACACUUGGAGUCAUGUUUGAAGUAUGCUGGUUCAAAGAAGAAGCAAAAGGUUUUGUCAGUUGAUGGUAAGGAGUCUGGUGGUGUGGACAUUAUUUCAAAUUUUCAAUUUGAUGAAAGUAAGGUGAGAGAACUCUUAGCUCACAUGAUCUUGUAUCAUGAAUAUCCUUUUAGAAUCGUGGAGCAUGUGUUGUUUAAUAAGUUUAUGAAAGCUUGUACCCCGCAUUGGAAAAAAAUUUCUCGAGCUACUGCUAAGAGUCUUUGCUUUGCCACUUAUGAAUUUGAGAAGAAGAAGUUGAAAACUUUAUUGAAUCGGGUCCCCAAAGUUAACAUCACAACUGAUAUGUGGACUUCUUGUCAAAAGGUUUCUUAUAUGGUUGUGACAUGUCAUUUUAUAGAUUCUGAAUGGCGGUUAAAUAGGCGUGUGUUGAACUUUUGUAAUAUUCCGCCUCCACACUCUGGACUUCUUAUUGCUGAUGCACUUCAUAAAUGUUUUAGAGACUGGGGUAUAGAGAGUAAAGUUUGUUCAAUCACCGUAGACAAUGCCAAGGCAAAUGAUGUAGCAUUAAGGCACUUGAGAGAUGUUUUUAAUAUGAGAAAAUCGCUUGUGGUUGGGGGCAAGUUGUUUCAUGUGCGUUGUUGUGCACAUAUAACUAAUUUGAUGGUUCAGGAUGGUCUUAGUGAGAUUGGUGAUAUUGUUGAUUGUGUGAGGGAUGGAAUAAAAUUCUUGGUAGCAUCAGAGGGAAGAUUAAAGCAAUUUACUGAAACUGCAAAGAACUUGCAUUUGUCAUCUAAGAAGCUAUUUUUGGACGUUCCUACUCGUUAG